AUGGCCGAAGAAGCUCACCGCCGCUAUGCUGAGAUUCUCCGCGAUGUUGAGCACAUGAUUGACGACCACAUCGCUCGCCAAGAUGAAGCAAAUAACCUCCCCUCAAAACUAAAGAUGUUGGUACCCAGCGCUGGCCCCUUCUUUACCCGCCUGCCUCUUGAAGCAGCCUUCAAACACAUGGAUGCCAAGCGCCUCAUCUCGUUCCGCCGCUACGUUUCGCCCUCGUUCAACGAUGUCCGUCUCAUCCUCAACUCGGCCCAGGCCAUGGCUGUCACAGCGGGUUCGCUACAGCUCGCCACCUUUGAUGGAGAUGUGACGCUCUACGACGACGGCGAGAGCUUGGAGCCCUCUAAUCCAGUCAUUCCCCGUCUCCUCGACCUCCUCCACAAAGACAUCAAAAUCGGCAUCGUGACAGCAGCGGGCUACACAACAGCAGACCGCUACUACGAGCGUCUCCACGGCCUCCUGGAUGCCAUCUCCGCCUCCAAAACCCUCACCCCGACCCAGAAGGAAUCCAUCGUCAUCAUGGGCGGCGAGGCAAACUACCUCUUCGAGUACGCGCCCGACUCCCCGCACCUCCUCGCGCGGGUCCCGCAGGAGCAGUGGCUGACGCCCGAGAUGGCGGCCUGGUCCGACGCCGACAUCUCGGCCCUCCUCGACGUCGCCGAGGCCGCCCUGCUCGACUGCGUCAAGACGCUCAACCUCCCGGCCACCCUCCUCCGCAAGGACCGCGCCGUCGGCAUCAUCCCCACCGACCCCACCAUCCGCAUCCCCCGCGAGUCCCUCGAGGAGACGGUCCUGGUCGUGCAGAAGAUCCUCGAGCUCUCGGCCCUCGGCAGCCCCGCCCAGGCCGCCGGCCACUCCCCCGAGCGCCGCGUCCCCUUCUGCGCCUUCAACGGCGGCCGCGACGUCUUCGUCGACAUCGGCGACAAGUCGUGGGGCGUCACCGUCUGCCAGCGCUGGUUCGCCGCCAAGGCCGGCCACCCGGACAGGCCCAUCGCCGGCGAGAGCACCCUGCACAUCGGCGACCAGUUCCUGAGCGCCGGCAGCAACGACUUCAAGGCGCGGUCCGUGGGUACGACGGCCUGGAUCGCGUCGCCGGCCGAGACGACGGAGCUGCUUGAUGAUCUGCUCGAGCGGGUGUGA